AUGCUAAAUUUGUCACAAACUAGAAUAAUAAAAUUGUACUUGUUAAAUAGAUAAAAGUAAAGGGAACAACGUUAGUUCUAUAAUCCAUAAGACAUUGAAGAAUCUAAAGAGUUACGGUUGAAAAUAGGUGGUUAAAUGCAAAGUGACAAAAUAACUCAUGAAUCAAAUAAAAGCUCUCUCAAAGAAAUAUAAUGCCAGCCUAAAUAAAAGUAACACUAAUCAAACAAAUCUGAUUUAGGUGAUUUGAAAUAAAUGAGCCAUGCCUUUACUAAGACUUUAAUACCACAGUAAUAAUAAAAUACCGAUGAUGAAGAGACAAUGGACUUAAGCUAAGAAACCUAAGAUUUCAGAGAUUUCUAGAGUUUAACUUAAUUAAUUAAACAAAAGAAUAGAAUGAAUUAAAAGUUGAAAGAGGAAACGGUCAUAGAAAUAAUGUUCUUAUUGGCGAAUGCUAUUCUGUUUAUUCUAAGACAAAAUAAACCAGUUGACUUUAUUCACCCUGAUAGGAUAUUCUGGCAUGACCAAGAAGGAUUAAUGAAAAUAGAUUUAAGAAGUAAAAGAGUAAAAGAAACAAUUUUAAGUAACACCAGCAUUGAUAAAUAUCAGGUAUUUAAUGAAUACUAGGGUAGUACUAAAUAUAAUGGAAAAGACCUAUAUUAAGCUAAAGAGAAAAAAGAGCAAGUAAGUUUAGAUAAGAGAUACUCGAAUGAACUUAAUCAAUUUUUAAACAAACUACUUUGCUUAAAUCCCAAAGAUAGACCUACAUUCUUAAGCAUUAUUAAUAGUAGUUUGGUCACAAAUAACAGAAAAAGCUCUAUCGAAUCUAAUCACAAAAGUACAAUAAAUUAAAUUCAAAAUUAUCGAGAAGAAAUCAUUACAUAGAAUAAAAUUAACAUAAAAAUGAUUACUCCUGAGAACAGAAGUUAUAAAAUACUUGCCAAUAAGUCUAACAUUAAAUUCAUGUCUGAAAAAAAUGAAAAGUUUUACUCAACUUUGGUCAUUAUCGGCGACAAAGUCUAAAAUUAGUUAAAUGAAGAAAUGCUUACUAAAAUUAUUACUGAAUAAAAAACUAACUAUUAAUAUGAUGACUUAACUAUUUUCCAAUUUAUCAGAAAAUUCCAUCCAAAUUUGAUAGAAAAAACAUCAACCAACCAAGGAUGUAUAUAUUGGCCCCAAGAAAUGAUUGAGACUAGCAAUAUUUUAAUUUAUUCUCAUCAGAAUCAAUAUCAGUUAAGACAUAACUCUAAUGAUUAAGCUAAAACUCUCAUUAUUUAUGAUGGACAACUCAAUGAUCAUGAUCUUCCUCAUGGAGAGGGAAAGAUGUUUUACAUGACUGGAUCUCUCUAAUAUGAGGGAUUAUUUGAGAAUGGAUUAUAUGGUCCUGUAGGUACUCUUUUAUACUUGAAUGGUAAAAUAAAUUAUCAUGGUAACUUUAAAGCUGGUCUUAAAGAUGGACAAGGAGAUCUUUAUUAUCAGCAUGGUUAACUUUCAUACACCGGAUCAUUCAUUAAAAAUAAAAGAUCUGGUAAAGGUAUAAGUUAUCACGCUAAUGGUGACAUUGACUACUCUGGAGAUUGGAUAGAUAAUAUGAAAGAAGGCUAUGGCAUUAGCUAUUAUAGAGACCAGUCAAUAGAAUAUUAAGGUUUUUGGAAGUCUUCAUUAUGGGAUGGAAAAGGCAUGUUCCAUGACUAUGACAAGGAGAACAUUAUCAUCUACUAAGGCUAAUUCAAAAAGGGAAUAAGGGAAGGCGAAUUCAUAGUCAUGCCCUAUUGUAAGAAUAUACAUUUGCUCUGUGACUUUCAGAAUGAAUAACUGUUGUUUUGA